AUGGUUAAGAUCACUGGCUUCAGCACCCGGGAUGUGAGGUUUCCUACCUCCCUCGACAAGACUGGCUCUGAUGCCAUGAACGCUGCGGGUGAUUACUCGGCGGCUUACUGUAUCAUCAACACCGACUCGUCAUAUGCUGGUCAUGGCAUGACCUUCACCAUUGGCCGUGGAAACGAGAUCGUCUGCGCCGCCAUCACCCUUCUGGCUCCCCUGGUUGUCGGCAAGGACCUGGACGAGUUGACCGCCGACUGGGGCAAGACAUGGCGCUACCUGGUAUCCGACAGCCAGCUGCGCUGGAUCGGACCCGAGAAGGGUGUUAUCCAUCUUGCCCUGGGAGCCGUGGUCAACGCUCUCUGGGAUCUGUGGGCCAAGACCCUCAACAAGCCCGUCUGGCGCAUCGUCGCGGACAUGACUCCCGAGGAGUUCGUCCGCUGCAUUGACUUCCGCUACAUCACAGAUGCCAUCACCCCCGAGGAGGCCAUUGCUCUCCUCAAGGAGGUGGAGCCCACCAAGCAGGAGCGUAUCAAGGAGGCCGAGCAGAGCCGGGCCGUGCCCGCCUAUACCACCAGUGCCGGAUGGCUCGGUUACAGCGAGGAUAAGCUGCGCGUCUUGCUAAAGGAGAGUGUCGCCCAGGGCUACAAGCACUUCAAGCUCAAGGUCGGCGCCAACGUGGAGGAGGACCGUCGCAGAUUGGCCAUCGCCCGUGAGGCCAUCGGUUACGACCGGGGUAACAUCCUGAUGGUCGACGCCAACCAGGUCUGGUCCGUCCCCGAAGCAAUCGAAUGGAUGCACCAGCUUGCCGAGUUCAAGCCCUGGUUCAUCGAAGAGCCCACCUCCCCCGAUGACAUCCUCGGCCACGCCGCCAUCAAGAAGGCCCUCGAGAACACCCCGUACGGCACCAUCGGCGUCGCAACCGGCGAGAUGUGCCAGAACCGCGUCGUCUUCAAGCAGCUCCUGCAGGCGGGAGCGCUGACCGUCCUCCAGGCCGACGCCUGCCGUGUCGGCGGUGUCAACGAGGUCCUGGCCAUCCUGCUGCUGGCCCGCAAGUUCGGCGUCCCCAUCGUCCCCCACUCCGGUGGUGUCGGUCUGCCCGAGUACACCCAGCACCUGAGCACCAUCGACUAUGUCGUCGUCAGCGGCAAGAAGAGCGUGCUGGAGUAUGUGGACCACCUGCACGAGCACUUUGUGCACCCUUCUAGCGUCAAGGAUGGAUACUAUGUCACUCCCAUGGAGCCCGGAUACAGUGUGGAGAUGAAGCCCGAGAGUAUGGAUGCAUUUGCUUUCCCCGGCGAGGAGGGCAAGAGUUGGUGGCGGACAGAGGCUGCCAAGACUAUCUUGGAAGGUCCUCGGAUAUAG